UCUUACUUGUCUUUGUGUGUUAUUACGUGUCUUUGUGUUUUAUUAUGUGCCGUGUUUUCUUGUCUUUGUGCUUUCUUACUUGUCAUGUGUUUUGUACUUGUCAUCGUGUUCUCUUAUUGACCACUGAGUUGUGUAACAUGUCGCAGUGUUUUGUGUACUUCACAGCCACCAUUCCUCUCUCAACCAUAGAAAACGCAGCUAGAAGCAGUUUCACUUCUCUCUCGUCACUUUGACCCAUGAACACAUUUGGUCUCCUCUCUCCUGUCUCUUGUCUCUUGUCUCUUCUCUCUUCUCUCCUGUCUCCUCUCACUGAGACUCAUACAGAGGCUGCAGAUGUGAGCAGCAGCUACGUGCUGGUGUCACGCUGCUCGUGAUUGGCGGCUGAGUGUGUGAGUGUUAGUGUGUGUGUGUGAGAAACCAGUAGCAGGUUCCCAGACACACACACACACACGGUCUCCCUCGGCAGAGACAGGGGAAACCAGCUCUCCUCCCGCGGCUCACACACACCAGCUCCUGUCGCGGAAACAAAGUGCAGUGGACGCGAUGUUGAGGGAGACAUGUUCCCGCUGACGGAGACAACAACACGGAACAACUGUGACAGCGGCCGCGGCUGGAGAGAUUAACCCCGGGAUCCGAGCUCCACACGUGGACACCGCCGCGGAGACACCUCGUGAAGAUCGGCUCUCGUUCCCCCCCAGCUUGACCUUCUCGCCACCUGGUCCACUCCUCACGCCCACUCGAGAGAUGAGCGCCAAGUCGGCCAUCAACAAGGAGGUGUUCCUACCUCACGACGAGAAGAUGCUCGUUGCUGUGCAGGUGAAGCGCAGGACCAAGAAGAAGAUCCCCUUCCUGGCCACCGGCGGUCAGGGAGACUACAUGACCUUCAUCUGCCUCUCAGUGACGAAUAAGAAACCUUCCCACUUAUCCAUCACCAAGGUGAAGCAGUUUCAAGGAUCCUCUGCGUUCAUAAAAAGGUCACAGUGGACGAUUGACCAGCUACGGCAGGUCAACGGCAUCGACCCCAACAAAGACUGUCCUGAGUUUGACAUGAUGUUUGAAAAUGCCUUCGACCAGUGGGUGGCCGGCUCAGCGGGAGAGAAGUGCACCUUCAUCCAGAUCCUCCACCACACCUGCCAGCGCUACUGCUCGGCAGGGAAACCAGAGUUCAUCAACUGUCAGUCCAAACUGCUGGGGGAAGACCGAGCUGUAGAUUCAGUCAUUUUCCGUUGCAAGGUCUAUUUGAACAGAAAGAGGAAAGAAUUUGUUUCCCGCAACGGGCACCUGCUAAGACAAGGUAACAGUAUACUCCACUCAGCCGCGGACACCGUGACGAGUGCUGUGCAGAAAGCCAGCCAGGCCCUGAAUGAGCGCGGUGAGCGAUUGGGCCGGACCGAGGAGAGGACCGCGGACAUGAUGAACAGUGCCGAACAGUUUUCUGUCACUGCACACAAGCUUGCCAUGAAGCACAAGUGUUAGACCACUGCCAAAUCCAACUGGGCUGGGUGGGGUUUCACCUAUCGCCAGUCGCUGUACAGAAGAAGGAUUCCAAAUUUUAUUCUUUUUAAAAAUCUUUAAUAUUAUUAGUAUUUGUUAACAAUGUUAACAUUUGAAUGUUUUGGGGGGUUAUUGUGCUCCGGUGUGUCCUCUGGGGACCAUGCAUCGAUCGGAGGGCGGGACGAGACGUGUACAAUGCUCCUUCAGUCUGUCAACAGAACGCUUAAUGCUUUGGUUCAAACUUUAUUUGAUAACUACUGUCGUCCAACCCCCCCCCCCCACACACACACCAGUUUUCAUGUGCUCAGACACUGAUGUGUGUUCACGUGCCAAGUCAUUAUCCAACGAACAAUAGCUUUGUCUUUGCAGAUUAUCCAAUGUUAACAGUUAUUUAUGAGCCCUGCCGUGUUUGAGCAGUAGCUUUGUGAUUCAGGAGUGUGUGCUGACACAACACAUACCAGACAAUGGCCGACAUUUUCUGAUCUGAUGUUUACUUUGCACCCAGAUAAUUAUUGUUUAAAACAUUCAUAAGAGAAACACGUCCGUCUGUUUCACCAAAUCCAAAAGUGUUUAAUUUUCACUCUUCUGGUCGUUUUUUUAAUGUCAAUGAUUUCAAAUUCUAUUACAACAGUAUUCGUCCAAAUGUUUUCAAGCUUUUCACAAACUGCACACGACGCUGAAUGAGGUGUUUCUGAUGACAUAAUAUAGAACAGGAUUGAAAUGUGUGGGUCUCUGUUCACAAAAAAAACAACCAAAACAACAUGGAAUACCGAUCGCCAACAUUUUUGGAAGUGUACUUGAAGAACUAAUUUUCUGAUUAAGCUUUUUACAUUAUGAUAAUUUAAGUUAAGUGAGGGGAUUUCAGUAAACCAGCUUCUGCGUUAUAAAAAGCUAAAACAUGUGAUUCUUCUCGUACUAUUAUCUCAGUGUCCGUAGAGCUAAGACGUCCCAUAAACAUGGGGCGUUUUGAAAUUACUCCUGGCUGUAUUUCCACUUUAAACAUCUGUUAGUCAUCUCUUGUGCUUUCUGUAUAAUUUGGAUUGAAUAAUAUUCAUAAUAAUGAUGUUUGUACUGAUAGAUAAAGGACUAACUGUCCCAAAUAGCAGCAGCAGCAGCAGCAGUGUUUAAUAGUUUAUUUUUCUGUGCCGGCGUCACACUUGCCUGUACCUUCGGCUUCCUCACUGGCAAGAUAUCACCCUCAACAAUGUAUUUGAUUCUUUUUUUAUAUAAUUUGAAUUUUAUAAUUCAUGAUGUUACUAUACACAGACAACCUUUAUCUUGCAGAGCACUGUUGAGUUCAUAAUGAAACGUUCCAGUUGCCUAACUCUUUGUGUGCUUUUAUUCCUCUCUCUAACACUUUGGAUGUUUAUUGUUUUAAUAAAAAAAGACAUAAAAAUGAA